CAGUGAGUGGAGUGAGAAGAGCAGCAGCAGGAGCAGCAGGAGCAGCGGGAGCUUCUUCUGUGGGUCUCUGAAGUUUUGAAGCUUUUUUUCUCUCGAUCCCACGAGACGACCUGGUUUCUGGUUUCUUUGUAUGUGACGAUGAUGACGGUGAAGGUGUUUCGCAGUCCGGCCCGUCAUGGUUACGCAGUGGAAGUGUCUCCGUAUAUCCCCAGCAGAGUGGCCUGUGCUGCCUCACAGUACUACGGGAUAGCAGGCUGCGGCACACUGCUGGUCCUGGAUCAGACCGAGACCGGGCUCACCUUAGUGAGAAGCUGGGAGUGGGGUGACGGCCUGUUCGACGUGGCAUGGAGUGAGGCUAAUGAGCAUGUGUUGGUGGCAGGCGGCGGCGAUGGCAGCCUCCAGCUGUGGGAUACAGCCAAUCACAGUGCUCCACUGAGGGUGGCCAAAGAACACACACAGGAGGUGUACGCUGUGGACUGGAGUCAGACUCGAGGAGAAAGCCUGAUAGUUUCUGGAUCGUGGGAUCAAACGGUGAAAGUGUGGGACCCUGCUCUCAGUCCAUCGCUGACCACCCUCAGAGGUCAUGAAGGGGUCAUCUACAGCACCAUUUGGUCGCCUCACAUCCCAGGAUGCUUUGCGUCUGCCUCAGGUGACGGGACGCUCAGAAUUUGGGAUGUGAAGGGUGCGGCGUGCAGAUUGGCCAUCCCAGCGCACAAGGCAGAGAUCCUCAGCUGUGAUUGGUGCAAAUAUGACCAGAAUGUUGUGGCCACAGGUUCAGUGGACUGUACUGUGUGUGUGUGGGACCUGAGGAACAUCCGGCAGCCUGUCAAUCAACUGCUGGGACACACCUACGCCAUCCGCAGACUCAAGUUUUCUCCCUUUGAUAAGACUGUGCUGGCGUCCUGCUCGUAUGACUUCACUGUCAGGUUUUGGGAUUAUAGCCGACACCAGCCUCUCCUGGAUACCGUAGAGCAUCAUUCAGAGUUUGUCUGUGGAUUAGACUUCAACCUGCAUAUCCCCAACCAGGUGGUGGACUGUUCCUGGGACGAGACGGUGAAGGUGUACACACCUGCGUGCCUGUCGGCGGGAGCGCACAGUGCAGCUCCUUAAAAUGCCCACAGACCUCUGAGGACGAUUUCACCUCGGCGCUGGUAUUCGAGCACUUCUCCCCGAUGAAGCCAGCGCCUCGUCCUGAACCAUAAUGACUGCUUCGUCGACCCACACCCGACUCUUCACUUCUUCCACAACGUUGUUCAAGAUCCGAGCCCCAAACUUCAAACUGUGAAUGGUUAAGACACGCCACAGACGUCAUUGCUCUGACACUUUGGUACCAAAUCGGAGCCAAAAUUCUGAAAACAUGUUUCACAGGUGGCUACUGGACCCUUGUUGCUAUAGGAACUGGAAAACACCAGCCACCAUGUUUGGGCAGAUGAGCUGGACAUUACUCGGUCCCACAACUGUGAUCGACUCUGUCAGAAUAAAGCAUGUGUUGGCUCUCUGAGUGUUUGAAAAGCAGAUAUUUUACUGUGAUGACUUUUGUUCUUGGUUUUGUGAUUCUGGGCAUUUCACAUUAUCAAACAGUGGCACCCCCGUAUCCAACGCUGCCUAGCACAGUGGCACGGCGGUGCAGGGGUUGGGUUUGUUGCCUCACAGCGGGAAGGUUUCUAGUUCAAACAUUUUUGUGUGUGUACUCUGGCUUCCUCCCACUGUCCAGAGACAAGCGUGUUGAGUUAUUCUAACUGACCAUGGAAGUGUGGUAGAUACAUGCACACACACGCAAACACACACGUCUGGUUUGCAUUCCUCAUGGGGACAUCCCAUUGAGAUAAUGCUUUCCCUAGCCACUUACCCUAACCCUAAACCUAGCCAUAACCCAUUUGUAACCUUGACACUAAAACCACUUUUUGAGUGUGAAAAAUGCCUUUAACCUGAUGAGGACCUGGAUUUUGGUCCCCACCAGUAUAGUAAAUUUCAGAUUUUGGUCCCCACCAAGAUAGGAAGAAC